UAUUGAUGUAUUUAAGGAUGAAGUGGUAAACACACGUUGUGAGAUGCCAACGUGAAGUUGUCAAGGUGACAGCUUAGCUGCAGAAUGCAUCGUGUUAUAUUUGUAUUAAAUGUAAUUUGUAUGUUGACACUGAAUUUCUACAUAUUAUUGUGUGUGCGUAACGAACGCUUGACAAUAAUAUAUUUUAUUGGCUUGACUUCGGCAUUGUUUGCUGGACAAGGCUGGAAAAAAUGGAACAAUGUGGACAUACCGUUCUCAAUACUGGAGUAAAGCAGAAAGACACAAACCGAGCGAUUGUGAUCGCUGUCUCUUGCAGAGCCAUCUUUGACCUGGAGGAGGAGCACAGGCUAUCUGAAACCCAUCAGAUAGCCAAAGAGAAUGAGCCACUGAAGGAGGGCACUGCCUUUAACUUCAUCAAGGCUGCCCAAAUGGUAAAUGAGAAGCUCCUGGAAAAGAAUCCCAAGGAAAAACUGCUGUUUGAUGUGAUUCUGGUUUCAAAUAACAGCCCCCAAAGUGGCUCACAGAUAAUUAACAGUGCAAAACAUUAUGGUCUGGACAUCACCAGAUUUUGUUUUGUGAGUGAGGAAGAUUCCACAAAAUACCUGCACUCUAACAAUGUGAAAUUGUUCUUGUCUGCAGACAAAACGGAUGUUUGCAAUGCCCUGAAGAGAGGUAUUCCUGCUGCCAUGGUGUUCAAACAGGAAGUUGUGGCUCUCAGUGACCAGCUGAGGGUGGUGUUUGACGGGGACGCCAUUCUCUUCUCAGCUGAGACGGAGCGCAUCUUCCGAGAGAAAGGACUCUGUGAGGCGGUGAAUUAUGAGAAGCUUCGGGAGUCUGUCCCCAUCGGAGAGGGACCUCUGAAGGAGUUUGCAAUGCUUCUCGGGGAGAUGAGAAAGAAAUUCUCCCUUGACAACAGUCCUCUCUGUAUCUACCUAAUGACGUCCCGGAGCAACAGGGAUAUGAGCGCCCGGGCUAUCAAGACUCUGCGCGCUUGGGGGCUGGAGGUGAAUGAAGCGUUCUUCUUGGACGGGGCCCCCAAGGAUCCUAUUCUUUCCCAGAUACAACCACACAUCAUCUUCGAUGAUGGGAUGCACCACAUUUGGGGGGCCCAGGGUGUUGGCACACCGGCAGCCUUGGUGCCAUCUUCCUGCUAACAAUCAUCAGGCUUCCUGCAAAGUAUUUUUAUAAACUCAUUACAUCACUUAGGAAUUUUAAGUGUAUGUCACAAAAAAAAGCCAGUGGUGAAAAUUGGCAUGCUGAAAAUAAUAAUAAUAAUAAUGGCUUUGUAGCCCAGGUGGCCACACAGCUGUUUUCUUCCAUUUUAAGUUUUAUAAAAGACAAGCAUGCAUUUUAUAGGGACUAAAACAGCAGUCCAGUGAUUCCUCUUAGUUGAUUACUUUCACUCAGGGACCCAUGACAGAAACCACCAAAAACGACUAUCUGUAUAGACCAAUGUUUACACAAUUGCUUGCAGACAUAUCUCUGUGUUUCUGGGUUGAGCAGCUCUCCUCCUUGCACACUUACAAUGAAGUGUUCUCUCUGAAAUUGCCUUCCCACAAGGUUAAGUUGAAAAAAAAUAAGAAAAUAAUAAACAACAGCAAUGCAUUAUUUUCAACAAUCUUUUUUCUUUUAUAAAUGCAUAUGUUAGGGAAUGUGUAUAUCCUCUAUUAGCCCCAGGUGCGUAUGGAUUGCAUUUAGGGGUACAAGGUGCAAUAUGAAUGUGGGUGAAAAUAGAGAUAUUCACUUGCUUUGCUUUAUCUGUACUUUUAAAUAGUUUUUUCAAACACAUUGUUAUCACAGUUCACUAACUCUGGAUACUGUUACAAAAAAGGAAUCCUGUGUAGCAAUUGUUCAAGGCUCUCCGUGGUCUAUAUUCUUCAGAAUUCACAACCUUGUGUAGACAUUUUGCCUUAAUAAAUGACAUUCAAAAAAA